AAAAUCGUGGCCAUCUGCCAUUUUCCCAUUUUCCUCUUCCUGUGGUUAUUUAACAGUUGGGCCAAAAAAAUUGCACAAAAUUCACGAUGGCUCUAAGAUUAUUAAGGAAAUUAAAUGUCCGGCCUGAACUCCGUGGUGUUGUUAACCUUAGUUCUGCUGCUGCACCGGCCCAGCUAUCAGAUUUCGACGUGCAGCACAAAACCCCAGUUGUAAGGAAGGUGCAUCUCGUUCCCAAGGCUCAUUAUGGAGGCCGUCACGCCGUUACCAUGCUCCCUGGUGGAGGAAUCGGCCCCGAGUGCAUGGGCUACGUCAGAGACAUUUUCAAGUACAUCGGAGCGCCGGUAGACUUUGAAAUAGUAGACAUUGACCCCAACGCGGAUAAUGAUGAUGAUCUGAAGUAUGCCAUCACUACCAUUAAAAGAAACGGUGUCUGUUUGAAGGGUAAUAUCGAGACAAAGAGUGAAGCUGCGUAUGUGACGUCCCGUAAUGUUGCCCUUCGCAAUGAAUUGGACAUGUACGCUUAUGUACUGCACUGCAAAUCCUUCCCUGGGGUUGCUACCAGGCAUAAGAAUAUUGACAUCCAUAUUAUCAGACAAAACACAGAAGGCGAGUACGCUAUGUUGGAGCAUGAAUCAGUGAAAGGAGUCAUCGAGUCCAUGAAGGUGGUGACCGCCAGCAACUCGGAGCGCGUCGCGAGGUUCGCCUUCGAGUUCGCCAAGAAAAAUGGCAGGAAGAAGGUGACAACGGUCCACAAAGCGAACAUCAUGAAGCUUUCAGACGGCUUGUUCCUGGAGACAUCCCGACGCGUCGCCAAGGACUACCCCGAGCUAGAGCACAACGAUCUUAUCAUUGACAACUGCUGUAUGCAGCUGGUGUCUAGGCCGCAACAAUUCGAUGUGAUGCUAAUGACGAACCUGUACGGCUCGAUCGUGUCCAACGUGGUCUGCGGCAUCCUGGGCGGCGCCGGCAUACACUCGGGCCGCAACUACGGCGACCACUACGCCGUGUUCGAGCCGGGGACUAGGAAUACUGGUACCGCAAUCGCAGGCAAAAACGUGGCCAACCCCAUAGCUAUGAUAAAUGCUUCCAUCGAUAUGCUAGAACACCUCGGACACCACUUCCAUGCUGACCUGAUUAAAGCAGCCGUUGAUAAGACCAUCAAUGAAGACCACAUCAUGACUCCGGACCUUGGAGGACAGGCUUCUUCGACUCAAGUGGUUGAAGCUAUUAUUGAUAACAUCGACCUGUAUAUGAAGAACAAAGUUUCUUUCCACUAAAAUGAAGAUUUUUCUACAAUAAAAAAUCAUGUUGUUUUUGUGUAAAAUUUUUACUUCAAUGUAUUUGACAGCUAUUUAGAAAAAAACUGACAUAAUUUUUUUCGAGGGUGAUUUUUUGAUCUGUAAGAAAUAUUUAAUUUGAAGUAAGUAAUGUGAAUUUGACUGACAUCUAACCAGUUUUCAAUUUAUGUAGAUAAUAUAUUUUCGCCUUCUGAUCCUAGUAAAUAACACACGCCUUAAAAUGAUUCUAGAAUUUUAUGUUUUGUUAGAAUAAUCCAUUUUUCAAUGCCAGAAAGACAUAUAGCUAUAUAUAUACAAUAUGUAGUUCUGUCCUUUUUUGCGUAAAAUUUGGAUGAUUGUAACGCAACAUAAAUGUCGUAUUAUGAUGUAAAAAUAAGAAGUUACCUAUUUAUUUUUUACUUUAAUUAGGUCAUAGGCCAAUUAAAAUAAAUUAUGUAUUAUAAAUAAAUAAUGUUAAGAACA